AAACGAAAUCAAUGAUGGAAUCAAAUGGGAAUUUUUUAUUAACGAGGAAUCCAAGAUUUCAUUUCGAAUUGUCGGGGAACAACCAUUUGGCCAAUUGGACUACAGAAAUCUUACCAACGAUCUGCACUUUAUCAAGCGAAUAUUACUACAAUCUUCCCGGAGUCCCGGAAAUGUUGAGAUUGGAGACUACUCGAACAUCUACCAGUACGAACAUGAACAGUCCUCGCCAUCUCUCCUGUUGGACUUUACCUCUGAUCGGUUACAAAGUAAACACCUCGCCUCGUUACGAGAAACCACCCUAUUCUUACAUAGCUUUAAUAGCCAUGGCUAUUAAUUCGUCACCGAAACAAAGACUCACUCUAUCCGGUAUUUACAAGUUCAUCAUGGAGAGGUUCCCUUAUUACAGAGAAAAUCGGCAGGGUUGGCAAAAUAGUAUUCGACAUAAUCUCAGUUUGAACGAUUGCUUCGUCAAGAUACCACGCGACAAAAGUAAUCCUGACGAAGAGGAAGAACACGGAGGGGCCGCAGGUAAAGGCAGUUAUUGGUGUCUCGAUCCAUCCGCCAAUGAAAUGUUUGAGCAUGGUAAUUACAGGCGUAGAAGAACUCGCAAACAACGAGCCUUUUUACAGAGUAAAGAGGAAUCCCGAAGAUCUUUCUUACAACUUUUAGACGAUGAUCGAGGAAAUAUCGAGAGAUGGUGUGAUAGCGUUGAAAUUCGGAACACAGAGAACAAGAUAGAAAAGGAGAAGGAAGUGGAUUACGCGAGUGGUUCGGAACGUUGCAUUAAAUCGACCAUGUUUACUAUCGAUAAUAUUUUAAGGAAGGCAACACCCGAGGCUAAAAGUUAAAUUUUCAUUACCACAAAACAUCCUCUUAUAUCUAUUUAUUAGAAAAAGAGAAAGAGGGUAAAAAGAACGUGUACCAUUUCUUCCAUAUAGCAUUGAUGUCUUCGUUUUUUUUUUCUUGUAUAUACAGAGACUAAAAUGUAUAACAAAGCUAGCAUACAAUAUACAAUAUAGAUUACAUUGUAAUUACAUAUAUAUAUAUAUAUAUAUAUAUAUUAGGUACAAAUAAAACUACGACGUGAAAGCCGUUACUUUGGUGGAAGACAUUUAAUAAAACGGUGGUACGCAGCUUCUCCUACCGUUUGUGCGCAGAGCUUGUAUGUAAAGCUUAUGUAAAAAAUAUCCUAUAUUUAUAUACACGCUUCGCAAGAAGCCUUAGUUUCUUUUAAAUCAAUUUAUAAACAGUCAUCGGUUCCUUGCACACGCGCACGCAAGCAUUACGACUUUACCAACCUCUUUACGACUCAUACCAAAUGUGAUAAAAGAGAACGCGUUAUUUUUUCAAAUGCUAUCAAAUGAAUGUCUGUAGUGUAUCUUGUAUUGCGUAGAUUCUAUAUAAAAACUACUUUGUAUAUGAACGACCGCUUUCAUACUAGUUCGUUUGUUGUACAAUUUAUAAUACUUCAAAAAGAAUCUUAUAACUUUCUUACCUUAUUAAUUUGACUAUUCUUACUCUGUAGAUU